AUGCAACUUGUGUGGCUAGCGGUGCUGGCACAGUGCGUGCUUGCACAGUAUUACGUGCAACCGAGGCAGAUGAUUCCGAUCCAGGUCCCACAGCAACAGAGAACAAUGUAUUAUCCAGUCAGAACAAAUUGUCAGAAUAGAUGUCAGCCGCAGACAAGAUAUCGUUGGAAUUCUAGACCAACCGUGGCUCGUCCAAACGUGCAAGUUCAAAUUCGCACUCUUCCCGUUGCUCCAGCUAUUCGACCAGCCGUCAUCAACCCAGUUCCUACUCUUCCUACUCCAUCACCAAGCACACUUCCACCAGUAACCUAUCCGAAAACUACUGUAAUGCCGACCACUUUGGAGACCCCUGGUCCAGAAUCAUUACCAUCCAUGUCGCCAUCGCACACUGAUCCAACGCCAUCUCCAGUAACUACCGAAACACCGACAACAAAAUUCUUGAGGCCUGAGCGCAAGCAAAAGUUCUUCAAUCCAUGUGCAAUUGGUCAGCCAUUGCUCAACGAAUUUUCGACGCCAAUAUCGUGCAACUAUUUAAAUCAGCCAAAUGGUGGAUGUCCAGAGGAUCAUUUCUGCCACACAGGAGCCUCAUUCUCAACAACUGCUUGCUGCCCAUUAGUUUCCAGUGAGGACAAAUGUCACCAGCGUCGUGACACUGGUGAGGGAGAUGAACUCGUUGCUCGCUGGUAUUUCGACAACCAAGCCAAGGAAUGUAAGCGUUUCCUAUACAAGGGAAUUCGUGGAAACGCCAACAACUUCGUUACCAAGGCGCAGUGUGUCGAUGCAUGUGAAGCCCAAAUUAUUACCGAUAAUUCAAAUCCUUGCAAAUCAGGAGUACCGGCUCGGUUUAAUAACAAUUCCCGAAUCAUUUGCGGACCAAAUGAUGACUCCAUGUGCCCGAAUGGCUAUUAUUGUCAUAUUGGCGAGAACCCGGAAAUGACUGCUUGUUGCGAGACUAGUGGAUUGACCGAUCCGUGUCUAUUGUCAAUCAACGUUGGUCAGGGCAGCGCACUUCUCAAAAGAUUUUACUACAACACCUUCGCGAAACGAUGCACGGAAUUCGUUUAUAAAGGAACAAAGGGAAAUGAGAACAACUUUUUGUCGCAGAAACAAUGCCAAGAGAGAUGCCAAAAAUGGGACAAUCCAUGCCCAACUUCGGUGAACUACGCCCAAAAAAGAGAAUGCACGAUAAAUGGAACUGAAUGUGGGGACGGACAAUGGUGCCAUAUUGGAGCCGUUAAAGAGUCAACUGUUUGCUGUCCAGGAGCUUCACCUGAUCCGUGCGCGAUGCCAUUGUUCGCCGGCGAAGGAACAGCAAAUUUAACGAGAUGGUAUGCAGAUCCUUCAGAUAAAUCAUGCAGCCGACAAUGUAAAUCAUUCACUUACAACGGAUCUAAGGGAAAUCAAAACAAUUUCCUCACCAAACAACAAUGCGAGCAGAAAUGUAAACGCGAAUGCAAAAACCCGUGUGGAUCUGGAACCAUGCUCAUGACACCAAAUGAUGAACCAAGAACCUGCAGCCCGUCAGUUCCAUGCCCCAGCACUCAUUGGUGUCACGUAGGAAUCACACCCGAUACAACGGUCUGUUGUUCAGCAGUUCAAAAUACGUGUGAACUACCACUUGUCAAAGGAACCGGCAACUCGCAUUUGACCAGAUGGCAUUUUGACAAAAACGCGAAUAAAUGCGUUAAGUUCAUCUACAGCGGUGAAGGCGGAAACCAGAAUAUGUUCCUGACCCAGGAAGAUUGCCUCUCAGUUUGCCCAGUUUUCGAGAACCCAUGCGGAAGUGGAAAACCACUGCUGGUUGGCACCAAGCCAAAAGAGUGCUCACCCACCGAGAGAUGCCCAUCAACUCAUUUCUGUCAUAUUGGAGUUGAAGGAUCGGUGAACUAUUGCUGCCAAAAGAAUGGCGAUCCAUGUCAACAACCAUUAGCCACAGGAACUGGUGGAUUCUCGAUUGCUAGAUUCUAUUACGAUAAGGAAACUAGACGUUGCCGCGAUUUUGUAUACGAAGGAAAGAAGGGAAAUGCUAACAACUUCCUGUCGAUGGAAGAUUGCGAACUUGUCUGUCCUGUUCUUCCAAACCCAUGUCAACUGGGUGAGCCGCUUUUGGAUUUGAACAAAGAGCCAGUUAUUUGUGGGGGAACUGAUACUUGCAUUAAUGGAUAUUGGUGUCACGUUGGUGGAAGUCCCGAAACUACUAAUUGCUGUCCGGGAACACGACGCCCUUGUGACCUUCCACUUGAAGUUGGACAGGGAAAUGAGAAAUUGGAACGCUGGUUCUACGAUGGAGGAAUUCAAAUGUGCCGACCAUUCGUUUACAAGGGAAUGAAAGGAAAUUCGAAUAACUUUUUGACUAAACAAUCUUGCAGACAAUCCUGUAAAGAAGUAAACCCAUGCGGAUUCGGCCAACCAUUAACCGAUAGCGCUGGAGAACGACUUCUGUGCACUGGAGGUCAACGCACCGAUUCAUGCCCGAGAAACAGCUAUUGCCAUGUUGGAUCAAGCGCUUUGACUACACUCUGUUGUCCAAAGAGAAACAUCGAUCCUUGCGACCAGCACGUUGAAGAAGGUCACGGUUCAGAAGAUUUGCCAAGAUGGUUCUUUGAUAGAAAACAGAAUAGAUGCGCUCCAUUCAAUUACGGAGGAAUCGGAGGAAACGAGAACAACUUCAUUAGCCAGAACACUUGUAUGGAAGCUUGCCCAGAAUACCGUAACUAUUGCCCACAUGGAAUUCCACUAAUCGAAGGAAGCACCGUAACCUCUUGCGGAAUUGACAAAGGUUGCCCUGAUGGCUUCAUCUGUCACAUGUCAAGCGAAUUCAACGUGUCAAUUUGCUGUCAGGAUCCAAUGGAUUUCUGCUUAUCCGAACGCGAUCCGGGACCGUGUACGAACUAUGAGAAACGAUACGGAUAUGACGCGAACUCCGAUACUUGCGUUGAAUAUCAAUACGGUGGAUGCGAAGGAACGUUGAACAACUUCCAUUCGCUUCAACGUUGCACGGAAAUCUGCUGCAAAGAAUAUAAGAGAAGACAUAAAUAUUCUCCAAUUAUUGUAUUGCCACCAUUCUACAAAAUUGAUGCUCCAAAUUCGAUUACCAUUCUUUCAACAUCGCCAAAAAAUGUUGCCGGCACAGUGACUAUUCGCAGCCAAACCCGCGAGAUUUUAUUGUCAAGGAACAUUAAAAACCUCGAACCUGGCGUCCCUCAAGAGUUAACAUUCCGGUUAAAAACCGCUUCAAAUUAUGUAAACACAACAAUUGAGUUAGCAGAUCAUUCAUCAUUUACGAAAACUCUUAGUCUUCGACCAGACCUUUAUGCAAUUCAUAUUAACACCGACAAAACUGUUUAUCGAUCAGCUGAAUUAGUGAAACUACGAGCUCUUCCACUCACCCAUUCUGGAAACAUUUAUACAAAUAAAAUUGACUUUCUACUCAUUAACUCGGAAGGAUUUGAAAUCAGCCGUAAAACUACUAACAUCGAUCCAUCUCUUUCAUCAAUAAUUUCAAUGGAUUUUGAACUUCCCGACCAUUUGUUCUAUGGAAAUUGGAAAAUCCGAGCAAGACCACAUAACUCAAACGAUAAUAGGUUGAGUUUCGAAUCGGAAUUCCAAGUUCGAGAAUACGAUUUGCCAGUAUUCAAAUUAAAUGGAUUUCUCACUGAUAACAAUGAUGUCGAAAAUACCGGAUUAACAAUUCAUGCUACAUAUUUUCAUGGAAAACCAAUCGAUGGGAGUUUUGUAAUUUCAUGCGAUGACGUGGAUGACAAUAUUGUCGAUCGCAGUAAAAGGAUUCAAGUCAAACGUGGAGAGAUAGACAUUUGGUUGAAUUAA